CACUGACAGAUCCCGUCCCAAACUCAGCUCAACCCCUGCAGGCAGAGGACUCUAACGAAACACGCCCAGAGACAGGAUUUUCCCAAACUGGACAGCAGCCUCUAUGGUCGAGGAGGUGACAAAUGGAGGAGGUCGGCAGGCCAGAGGAGUCGCCCCUCAAGGGAAGACGUGUGAGCCCCAGACUGACAUUGUUUUCCUCAAGGUGCACAAGAGCGCCAGCAGCACCGUCAUGAACGUCCUCUUCCGCUUCGGCGAGACACACAACCUCACCUUCGCCUUCCCCCUCGGCGGGGGCUUCCAGCUUCUACCCCCCCACUUCAUGGCGAGGUUCGUGCAGGGCUUCUCCCCCAAGAGCCCCCGGUUCAACAUCCUCUGCCACCACAUGAGAUUCCUGCAGCCGGAGGUGCGGAAAGUGGUGCCCAGCUCUGCCAUCUACUUCUCCAUCCUGAGGAACCCCGUGCAGCUCAUGGAGUCCUCCUUCACGUACUACAAGGGCGCGUCAGCCUUCUCCCGCGUGCGCAGCCUGGAGGAGUUCCUGAGCCAGCCACACCUCUACUACAACCCUGCCAUGGGCGACAGCAACUAUGCCAAGAACCUCAUGACCUUCGAUUUUGGCUUCAACCCCAAUGCAGAGGUGUCUGCUGAGCGGGUGCAACUCAUGGUAAAGGCCAUCGAGGCGUCCUUCGACUUUGUCCUCAUCUCCGAGUACUUCGACGAGUCCAUGGUGCUCCUGAAGGAGAUGCUGUGCUGGGACCUGGACAGCGUCGUCUCCUUCCCACUCAACACCAGGGACAGCAGUACCAAGUCCUCCCUCUCGGACAGCAUCGUGGAGAAGAUAAAGGAGUGGAACAGGCUGGACUGGGAAAUCUACACCCACUUCAACAGGACCUUCUGGGAAAGGAUCGACCGGGACAUCGGCCGGGAGCGCAUGGAGCAGGAGGUGAAGGCGCUCCGGGAGCGGCAGGCGGAGCUGGCGAGGACCUGCCUGCAGGGCACGGGCAGCGUGGCCCCGAAGGACAUCAAGGACUCUUCCCUGCGGCCACUGCAGCACGGUGGCGCCAGGAUCCUGGGCUAUAACCUCAAGCAGGGCUUGGAUAAGGAGACGGAGCACAUGUGCCGGCGCCUCGUGACCCCGGAGCUGCAGUACAGCAGCGCUCUCUACAAGAAGCAGUUCCCCCCAGAGCCCCCUGAGACCCCCCAGCCCACUCCCUCUGGGCAAGGCAGUGCCCCACAGAACCGGCUGGAGGGCACCCAACACUGAGCCUCCCUGCCCCCUCCAGGCAUCUUCUCCAGCCGCCUUGGCUGAGGACAGCGAGGCACUCGGAUCCUGGGCUUGGGGGCUGCUCCUGCCCUGGAGAGGGUGGGCUGGGGGCUGCUGGCAGCUCCCAGUCACCUCUGUCUGUGCAGGACUGUGCACAAGCUCUGGGUGCUACACACUGCUGUGGAGCAGGACAGGCUGCAACGGGGGGUCCCAGGAGCUUGACAUGACUUUUCCAGAGGGAACCCCCCCCUCCAGUCAGCAGCUGAAGCCUCAGCAGCAGGGAGCAGAUCCAGGAAGGCAGCCCCAGUCCCCACGCCAGAGACUGCAACAACCAAGCUGUAAAUCAGAGCCGUGGAGUUUGAUUUACAGCUUGGGAAUGAGUCGUCUGUCUGUCUUUCCAGCUGCAGCUCUCCUCCGCUCCGCCUUAACGCUACCGUGCUGGAAAAGUAGCCUCUUAAUUAAAAAUAACAAUAUCCACUACCACUCCUUAAAUUCCCCUUAAUUACAUCAGUUUGCCCCAGUAGACAAUCUGCCUGGUAGACACUUUCCCCAGCAGCCCAAGAAACAGAUCCCAAAUAUCUGAAAACGUCUUGAAAAGAAAAAAAAAAAAGGAAAAAUCCAGCAAUUUUUUCCCUGGCUCUGUGGUGACGUGUUGCCUUCGGACGCUGCAUUUAUAGGAUCAGCAUCCUACCCUGGAGCUGAUGCUCUGGCACCAGGGUGUCAGAUGCAAGUUCCAUACCCAUGGGACUGGGGGACGUCUCAUGAGCAUCUCUGCAGCCAGAGAUCUCAAUCCUCCGCUCGGAGUGGCCGUAGGAACAUCCUACACUCUGCCUGGGGAAAGGGACCACAAGAAUGGGGUGUGGUGGGCGAGUCAGCCUUACUUUUGCACCCUGCACUUAUCCACAAAUCAAAAGCAGAACCAGCAAAUCAGCUGGGAUAAAUGGAGGCCCCACCUCUGGGUUUUCAGCUGAUUGCCAAACCAAAAGAGGUUCAGGAAAAAUUGCGUGGGGGGGAUCUGAGCAUCCCAGGCUCUCCCUGGGGCAGCCACGUCGAGCCUCAAAGAUUUAGGUUUACACCCAAAGGUGUCCUGUUUCCUGCUCUGUUU